UGUUUCAUAUUCUAUGGGAGUUGGUCGGAACGAUCGAAAAGCUUGGUCAGUUGUAGCGCCGACUCGGCUCGAAGUUGUGUAGUUUAAAGGCACGUCACUGUACAAAAUAGAAGCACGUUUUUUUCUGUAAUUUAAGUAGCGUAGAGGCGGUAACAGUUACGUAGAUACGUCGCGACGAAUCCGUAUGGCAAUGUCGCACCAGCCAGCACACUGGGGAAAAAUCGUACUCGUAUAUAUUUUCCAAUUAUUUUCAUAUGCAACUUCCACGGUGCACGUGCAAUUGAUAGCGCCGUCGUACGUGACGCAUGGCAGCGAGGCCACUCUCCAUUGCAACCACAGCGUACAUGAUGAUUACUUGCACAAAGUGGAAUUCAUGAAAGACGACAAGAAGAUACUGCAAUACAUAAAGGACAGAAAUCCGCCGUUCGUCGAAUGGCGGGUGGACGGCGCGAACAUGCAGUACUUGGAAAAUGGCACGACAAUCAAACUAACGGACGUUCGCUUCAAGGCGUCUGGUUCGUAUUCCUGUCAGGUCUCGACGUCGACUCCUAUUUAUACCGCGGCAUCCGAACCCGUUUCGAUGAAAGUCAUAGAACCACAGACUGAAAACCCGAAGAUCACGUUCAAGAAAAGCAUGUACGUGGUUGGCGAAAGUCUUGAGGCGAAUUGUACCUCGUCGGCUGCGCAUCCAGUUCCUCAGUUGACAUGGUUCAUAAACGGCGAGGAGGUAGAUAUCGCUUUGGUGAAUCAUUAUCCGUACACGAGGCACAAUGACCAACUGAUGUCCGCGACUGCGAAGUUAAUGAUAGAGGUGUCCGCGUUGCAUGCCGGCGAGAAUGGGUACUUGGAAAUCAGCUGCUAUUCAACCAUUCCGAGCUACCCCGUGAACGAGCAGUACGCUGACAUCAGGAAGGAAACGGUCUCGGAGCGCAGUCCGCCGGCAAUUGGAUACCGCACAGUCCGCAUCGGUUCUACGCGAUCGCCGGAGCGACUUACGUGCACUUCCCGAGCUGGAGUUCCAUACAGAUGGAAUUGAUAGACCGAGUGAUCCCGCACAGGGGCUUUAGUUACACGAGCAAGCGUAACGAUAUUGGAUUGUUCAGGGUGACUAUUAUGUGUAUAUAUAAGUUCUAUGUGGAAAAUACAAAUAAAAAAGUACA